CCUUUGAAGUUGAGGCUAUUAUUAGUAAUAGCAUGCCACUGGUCAUAAUAAUUAAGGAUAAUUGCAUCAACCAACAGCCUACUCCAUUGUCCUGUGAAUUGACUGUGACUGGCUUAAUUCAGUCAUCAAUAGAUUGUCUUCAUGAAAGAUUGUUUAUAUUCACUAAUGUCACUGAAGGAGAUGAGUAUAAUUAUACUGUUACUAUUACUAAUGUCAUUGGAUCUGCUGUUAAAAAUGGCUUCAUAGAAAUCCCUUACUUACCAUUUGAAGUGUAUCCUUCAGAAAUUCAGUAUUUACCUUCAACAAAAACAAUGAUAAGUCCUUGUUCAUUGAUAUUAGGUACGGAUUCAAGUACACCAGCCAGCACACCUUCAGAUAGUUGCAAUUGUGUCCUUCCUUGGACAGUUGGUGUAUUAAUUGGGGUAGCUGUGAUGACUGUCAUUUAAUUUGUGAUCAAUGUCAUAAUUUAUUUUGUCUCACAUAAUAGAUGUAAAGGCAAUAAACAUAUUUGUG